GAGGGGAUCACGUGGGGUGAUGAGACGUGGCAGUGUGGUCCUUCACUGCGCCGCCUCAGCCCGGGGAACAGUUGCUGGUAGAGGCACCGCUCGGUGAUUGCGGCCACAUCCAGAAUGAAGCGUCCUGGCGUUUUCCUGCUCUGUUUGCUGGCUUGUUCUGCGGUCUCAAAUCACGUUGGCGCGUUCAAAGAAGAAGAAGUGAAAAUAGAAGUUUUGUACAGGCCAGAACACUGUCAGCGGAAGAGCAAACGGGGAGACGCGCUUAAUGCACAUUACGAUGGUUACCUUAGUGACGGGUCGCAGAUUUAUUGCAGUCGUGAAGACAAUAAAGGUCAUCCUAAGUGGUUUCUGCUUGGUGUUGGCCAAGUAAUAAAAGGAUUAGACAUUGGUAUGACUGAUAUGUGUGAAGGAGAAAAAAGAAAAUUAACUAUACCACCUUCACUGGGAUACGGAACAUUUGGUAAAGGUAAAAUACCUCCCAAUGCAACCCUGAUUUUUGAAGUGGAACUCUAUUCAGUGAGAAAAGGACCACGGAGUGUGGAGUCUUUUAAUGCCAUUGAUUUGAAUGGUGAUCGACUACUUUCUCAUGAGGAGUUAAAGACGUAUGUGCAUGAAGAGUUUGCAAGAGAUAAUAGGAUUAAAGAUCCUUCUUAUAAGGAAAAAGUCCUCCUUGAUAUUCUCCAGAAAAAUGACCAUGAUGGAGAUGGCUACAUUUCUGCUAGGGAAUACAAUAUUUUCCAACAUGAUGAGCUCUAGAUUUGUGCUGUAAAAUUAAAUUUCUACCUAACUCAAGUGCAGUGUAUUUUUUGUUUGAUUCGAAUCUCUACAAACUUCAAAUUACUGCAGUGAGCAAACUUACUGUCAAGCACCACCCUUUGAUGCCUAAAAUGUUUUUAAGCCUAAUGUUAUGUUUGAUAUUCACAAAGAUGGAGAACUGAAUAACUCUGCUGUUUAGAAUUCAAAUGAAAUUGUACUGUUUUGAUCACUCAAAUAAAUAUUUUGAACAAUGAACUGU